AUGAACAAGGUCUUCGUGCAAGCGCGUCCGAGACACUCGCUGAGCAGAGACAUGGUCCAGCUCUCCCUCCCCCUCCUCUCCAGCCUCUUCCACCUCAAGCAGCCUCUCGCCGCCGACUCCCUCGGCAUCUCCCUCACCUCCCUCAAGACCGCCUGCCGCAGGCUCGGUCUUCGUCGCUGGCCCUACGAGCGCGACCGUGAGCAGGAGAGGGAAACGAGGCUGGGGCCUGGGACUCCUGCGGAGGAAGACGACUGCAGCGCAGAUGUCAAGCUGGCGGUCACUGCUGACACUCAGGCAGGCCAGCAACCUCCUCCAUCCGCCUCGGAGGCUCAGGACAGCCAGACAGCACCCGGCACGGGGGAGAAGGCGGAGGCUUUCAUGGGCGAUCUGUGGGAGGAGGCAGGAAGGAAGGAGGCGUUUGCGAUGAUCUUUGGGAGCUUGCCGCUAGAGGUAGAGGAAGAGGGGGAGGAGGAGAGCUGGGCAGAGCUCGAGAAGAUAUGA